AUGUCAUCAUUGGAUAGUUUCAUUGAAUUGAACGAUGGCGUUAAAAUUCCUAAUUUUGGAUUGGGUCUGUAUUUAGUUGGAUCUGGUUCAGAAGCAGAGCUAUCUCUGCUCUUUGCUUUGAAACAGGGUUACAGAUUAUUAGACACCGCCCAGUUUUACGAGAAUGAAGCUGAUGUUGGCAAAGCAAUAAAGAAAUCAGGAAUUGAUCGGAAAUCAAUUUGUGUUGUCAGUAAAGUGUGGGACUCCAACCAUGGCUAUGAGGCAACCAUAAAAUCUGUCAAAAAUAGUUUAUCCUUAUUUCAGUUAGAAUAUGUGGACAUCUUUUUGAUACACUCACCAGGUUCUGGAAGAAACAUUGACACUUAUAAAGCACUUUUAGAACUGAAGGGUCAAGGUUUGAUCAAGUCAGUUGGAGUUUCAAACUUUGGGAUCCAGCAUUUGAAAGGCUUGGAAGAGGCGGGUUUGCCCACCCCAUCCAUCAAUCAAAUUGAGCUCCACCCAUUUUGCAGGCGGGAAAAAUUGGUGGAUUAUUGUAGAGAGAAAGGAAUUUGUGUGAUGGGUUAUUGUCCACUUGCCAGAGGAAAGUGCUUCAAUGAUCCGGACCUCAUCAACAUGGCAAAAGAGCAUAACAAAUCAGUUGCUCAAGUGAUGAUUAGAUGGAGUCUGGACAAGGGUUUUGUUACCAUACCGAAAUCGUCCAAUCCAAAAAGAAUUCAGGAAAAUAUGGAAGUCUUUGAUUUCAAACUCACUGAAAAAAACCAUCAAAUAUUGGUAUUUUCUUUACAUUUUGUAUAUUAUAUAUAUACAUUUAUAUCAGAGUGCAUUUAA